AUGCAGGCCCAACACAUCCUGACCACAGCCGUUAAACGGGGUGUGCGGGCGUCUCUGCCUCCUGCGUUUUUGGUCACGUCUCUGGAUGGAAUUCCUAAGCUGGAUGCGAAAACGGGAAAGACAAACACCAACGGCAUCUUCCAAUGGACGUCACCAUGGACAAAUAAAGAGAAGCUCACCACCCUUCUGUUUCCCAGAUUCAUAGCCCUGGCCAAAGCCGCAGUGCAGACUCUGCGGUCACAGCUGAUGACGUCCCACGCACACACCCAAAGCGACGCUGAGCGGAACAUCCUCAUCCGUUUAGUCUCCGUAUUUGAGCCUAAUCUGAACGAGUAUGAUGCACUGAUCACACUCAACCCCACCACUAUCACGCGUGCUAACGAGGCCGUUGCCGUGAGUGUGGGGGCCAGUGCUAAGGCGAGUGCUGAGGUGGGGGUGGAGAGUGGGAAGAAGAGCAGGAAAAGGAAGUACAAGAACCUGCAACCGCUGCAGGCCACAGGGCCCGAGAGCUUUGGUCAUCUGGCACUCUUCCUGUACAACGUCAACGGCGGACGUCACAUCGGUGUCGUCUGGGGCCACAAUGCCUUCGACAAAGUCAAGUUCAGCGUCAUGAAGAGCCGAUUCACCAGCCCAGUUGAUAUAAAGGAAAAGGAUGGCACCCUCACGGCCGCAUUCGUCAGAAUAGACCCGCAAUACGUACUGGAUGAGGUGGUGCGCAUGGGUACCGGUUUAGUGGAGAGUGUGAAAGCGGUACGACUGUCGUGA